AUGAAAACAAAUACAAUUACCCCUCAAUCGGGUGUAGGUAUUAAUGGAACAACAACAGUAAAUAAUCUUGAAAUAAAUGGCAAAGUAAGUAUGCAAUUGCUGGAUAUUUCCAACAUAGAAUGUGAAUCUCUUGCCACAAACAAAAUUACUGGAGAAACAAUUAAUAUUACACCAAUCAAAUCAUUAUUUAUCAAUGCACCAUCUGUAGAAACAAAUCAGUUAUCAUUUGUCAAUCCAAUACCAGGUUAUAUUCCAACACCAUUGGAUUUCUAUGAAUACUAUACACAUUGGGUUCAAUUUAAAUACAAUGUAUCUGGAGGAUCAUAUGUCUAUUCAUACAACCAAAUGCAUAUCGUAAGAAUUGGUAAAUUAGUUACAUUAUGUGUUGAUUCACCUCCAACAUUGACAAUGCAAGCAACAGCUGAAGCUUCAGAAAAUUUAAAGAUUAGUCUACAGGUUCAUCUAUUAAAUACUUCAAUCAUGAUGAUCAAAGUUUUAUUAUUUAUAACUUUAACAUGUCUAGUUUUCACCACGGUACAUGCUCUCAAAUGUCAUACAAAUUUGGAGUGUAUCCAAGUAGGUGCACAAUGUGAUUCAUAUCAAUUAUGUGCCAACUCUGAUUGCAUUAUUACCAACGGCACCUAUCCUGGUAUUUGUACUGCCUACAUACCAGAGAAUGGCAACUGUUCAUCGGAUUCCGGUAGUGCAUCUUGUUCUCCAGGUCUUUCGUGCUACGAUGGCAAGUGUGUCCAAUGUGGAUAUACUCAAAAUGGUGAUUCGUGCACUCAAUCAUAUCAAUGUACCAAAGGAUUAUCGUGUAUCAGUGGUAAAUGCUCCCUCGGUAAUAGUCGUUGUAGUUCUGGGCUAAAUACCUGUCCAUAUGGUCAAUUCUGUAACAUAACCGUUUCACCCUCUAUCUGCUCUCCUCAGCUCGCCAUCGGUCAAGACUGUACACAUUAUGUAGACGGAUGUCCAUAUGGAUCAAUAUGCAGCUACGACUCUAAAACCCUUAGCUGCACUGCACUCUAUUCCCGUGAUCAAGAUCAAAUGUGUAGCCCAACCUUCGAAGGUGACCCUCAAUAUCUAACAACUUGUAAUUUUACUCUAGGUCUUUACUGUCGCAAUGGUUACUGUAUACCUUUACCAUCUCCAUCAAAUGAUUUCUGUGAAGAUGACACUGAUUGUAACUAUAACGAGAUGUGUCUCUGUCCCAAUAAUUCACAAGGUAAAUGUGUCGUUAUAUCAAAUCUCAACACACAAUGCGCCAGUGCUACCAAGGCCUACUAUGCUUGUUUGGCAGAGAACCAAUGCGUAGAAGUCGGUAACAUUAUGAACCUAGAAUCUUGUGCUUCUAGAAAGUGUAGUGUAGAGUACUGUAAAACCGACAUCUGUUACAAUUUAGAUGCUUUGGACUCUCUCCUCUCUUGUCCAUCAACUUAUCCUUUCAAUAGUCUUGUUUGCUCAAGUCCUUCAUCAUCCUCCUCCUCCUCCUUGAACGAUACAUCCUCCAGUUCAAAUUCAACUGAACCAUCACUAUCAUCAUCUCUAUCCUCACCAAUCAUUUUGGUUUUAAUAUUGUCUGUUGUUUCAACUUUGUUUUUCUUUUAA